UUUCCAUUGAUUUUUUUGGGGGAGUAGGCGGGGAGAGGAAGAGAGAUGGAAAGACAGAAUUAUCGAUGUGAGAGAGACACAUUGAUUGGUUGCCUCCUGCACCAGCUCAGACCAGAGCCUGAGCCAGGGAGGAUCCUGUAACUGAGGUAGUUACCCCUCUAGAGUAAAACCUGAGACCCUGAGGUCUGUAGGAUGACCCUCUAUCCACUGAGACAAACUGGCUAGGCCAGUGGUCGGCAAACCGUGGCUCACAAGUCACAUGCAAUCUUUGGGCCCUUGAGUGUGGCUCUUCCACAAAUACCUCAUGGGGGCGCGCACAUAUAAUGCGACUGAAACUUUGUGGCCCAUGUGAAGAAAUUGGUUUUCGGCCUGGGCAAGUCUAUUUUGAAGAAGUGGUUCUAACGCUGAGCCACAUUCAAGGGGCCAAAGAGCUGCAAGUGGCUCGAGAGCAACAGAUUGCCGACCACUGGGCUAGGCUAUUGUAGAACAUUUUCUAACACAAGGGAGACUUUGGGGAUACCUAAUCUUCAAUUGGCUUAAUUUUAGGGUACCAAGCCAUUCACAGAAGGGAAUUUACCAGUCAACGCGCCCACGAAAAUCAUACAUAAAGUAAGGCUGCUCUGUUGGCUUCUCCCAUACACAUUUUUUGGCAGUGUUAUAAGCAAAUCUUGAGAGGCUGAAUUUUGAUGAGGUUAAAAAAUUGGAAUAUUGUCCCUUGCCCCAUGAUCACCAGCCCAUUUAGGCUGGGGAACAGGAAAGCCAGUCCCUUGCCUAUCUAAUAGACUGGUCUGAGAGAUGUACAUAUUACUAUAAAGCAUCACUGAGGGAUCAAGUACAGCUUAAGUUUGAUGCCCAUGCGUUACAGAAAAAGAGUUUUAGAAGAGGGGAAAUGGGCAAUGGAGUGUGCCCACCACUGAUCUUCAAGCCCCUGGUUUGGAACAUUAGGAGUUGGCUGAGCAACGGACACAGUAGUUGGGGGAUGUUCCGUGUGGCACAGUUGAAGAAGGCACAGAGGUUUUGUUUCCUCUCUCAAGGUACAACCUUGCACUUUACAGUUUGCAGUCCUUCUUUUUUAUUACACCAUCACAAUAUCAAAAGGUCUGUAGCCAAGAAUCACUGAAGCUAAUGAUAUGGAACUAAGCCACAGAAAGGACGCUAUCUGAAGGAUAACACAGAGUUCACAGAGACUAGAAAGGACACAGCCAGAGGUAGGCAGUACCCACCCUUUAUAAGACAGCAGACAUCUGAAGCUAAUCCCAGACCCUAAGGGUCUGCAUGUCAAGAAGUACUUCUGCUCAUGGACACAAGCCCUGCAUCAGCUACUGAUUCACUGGGGCCAUGUCAGUGGCUCUCGUUGGGAGGGACUCUGCCUCCUCCUUGCCUUCUCUACAGAAGAAUCAUGACGUUAUAUAUGAGGCUAGCAGAGUGCUUCACAAUUGGGCUCCCCUAAAGAAGGGCUUGGUGCUGGUACUGGUGCCAGGAUCUUCACCUGUCAGGUUGGGGAUUGUGCUGGUGUUGGUACUGAGUUUCCUGCCAAGCUUGUGCUGUGACCUGAAAUCAGUAUAUUCCUCAUCCUAUGAAAUAGUCAUCCCCAAGACAGUUGAGGGAAGGCAAGACCCAGAGGAAGAAGCAUCUUAUGUGAUAUCUAUGCAAGGCCAGAAACAGCUGAUUCACCUGAAAGUAAAGACAGACUAUUUUAUCAAGAACUUUCCAGUCUUCAGCUACCACAAUGGCACCCAGGGACAAGAAAUGCCUUUCAUCUCACAUGACUGUCACUAUGAAGGCUACAUAGAAGGAGUCCCGGGUUCUUUUGUUUCUGUUAACACCUGUUCAGGCCUCAGGGGCAUCCUGAUUAAGGAGGGAAAAUCCUAUGGCAUUGAGCCCAUGGACUCUUCAAAACAGUUUGAACAUGUAUUGUCCACCAUGGCCCAUCAAGCUCCAGUCUCCUGCAGUGUCACUUCCCAAGACAGCCCAGUGGUGUCUGCCAGCCGACAACAGGGGAGCAGGAAGCCUGGCGGUCUACAGGAGCUGUCCUCCUUGUGGUCACUCACCAAGUACGUGGAGAUGUUUGUUGUGGUCAACAACCAGCGGUUCCAAAUGUGGGGCAGUAACGUCAAUGAGACGGUCCAGAGAGUGAUGGACAUCAUUGCCCUGGCCAACAGCUUCACUAGGGGGAUAAACACACAGGUGGUGCUGGCUGGGAUGGAGAUUUGGACCGAGGGGGACCUCAUAGAGGUCCCAGUGGACCUGCAAGUUACACUGGGGAAUUUCAACAAGUGGAGACAAGAGAAGCUCCUCCAUCGUGUGAAGCAUGAUGUUGCCCACAUGAUCGUCGGACAGCAUCCUGAGCACGGUAUGGGACAGGCAUUUCUCAGUGGUGCCUGUUCCCGUGGUUUUGCAGCAGCUGUUGAAUCCUUCCCUCAUGAAGAUGCCCUCCUGUUUGCAGCGCUCAUGGUCCAUGAGCUUGGGCACAACUUGGGUAUUGGGCACGACCACUCAGCCUGCAUUUGUAAAGACAAACACCUCUGCCUCAUGCGUGACAAUAUCACUAAAGAAAGUGGCUUCAGCAACUGUAGCUCUGACGACUUCUACCAGUUUCUCCAGGAUCACAGAGGGGCCUGCCUAUUUAACAACCCUCAGCGGCACAAAGGCCGCUUGCGUAGGGAUUCCUACUGUGGAGAUGGUGUGGUGGAGGGUGAGGAGCAGUGUGACUGUGGUUCUGCCUGUUACACUGACCCGUGCUGUGACCAAACAUGUAGCCUGAAGGGGAGUGCAGAAUGUAGUGAUGGACUCUGCUGCUUUGGUUGCCAAUUGAGAAAUAAGGGAUUCGUGUGCCGUUCUGCUUCAGGAGAGUGUGACCUCCCAGAGUACUGUGAUGGUAGCUCUGCAGAGUGCCCCACAGACACCUAUAAGCAAGAUGGUACACCGUGCGAUAGACUGCACAUCUGUAUUGGAGGUCAAUGCAGAAACCCUGAUAAUCAAUGCAUGGCUAUGUAUGGGGACACUGCACGGUCUGCCCCAGAAAACUGUUACAUUUCAAUAAACAGCAAAGGGGACCGGUUUGGAAACUGUGGCCAUCCCACUUCGGCAAUGCCAAGAUAUAUUAAGUGUUUUGAUGAUAAUAUAUUUUGUGGGAAAAUUAUAUGUACAAAUAUUAGACAGGUCCCAUCCAUCAAACCCCAUCGCACACUGAUCCAGAUUCCUUACGAAGGUGACUUCUGCUGGAGCUUGGAUGUCUAUAACAUUACUAAUAUCCCUGAUGAGGGAGAUGUGCACUCUGGCACUGCUUGUGCCCCAAACAAAGUCUGCAUGGAUUACUCCUGCACUGAUCAUGCUAUGCUCAAGUAUGACUGCAAACCAGCAGAAAUGUGUAAUGGGAGAGGAGUCUGUAACAAUUUAAGGCACUGCCACUGUGAGGCUGGCUAUGCACCCCCCGACUGCCAAACCCCGGGAAGUGGGGGUAGUGUGGACAGUGGUUCUCCUGGCAAAACAGAGGUUGAAAAUCCAAGUGAGGAUGAAGGGCACAGUUACAGUGUUGAUCAUGUAAAUUUUGGUAGAGGAGAGAAUAGAAAUGAAAGGAAAAGCAGGGAUGAGGUUCAGUACAUAUUCCCCCUUUUUAUUAUCAUAAUAAUUUGGCACAACAAAUGGCAUGAGGGAGAUGUGCACUCUGGCACUGCUUGUGCCCCAAACAAAGUCUGCAUGGAUUACUCCUGCACCGAUCAUGCUGUGCUCAAGUAUGACUGCAAACCAGCAGAAAUGUGCGAUGGAAGAGGAGUCUGUAACAAUUUAAGGCUCUGCCACUGUGAGGCUGGCUAUGUACCCCCCGACUGCCGAACCCCGGGAAGUGGGGGCAGUGUGGACAGUGGUUCUCCUGGCAAAACAGAGAAUGAAAAUCCAAGUGAGGAUGAAAGAAAUAAUCAUAGUCUUGGUCAUGAUAAUUUUGCAGAGGUGAUGAAAGCAAAACCAGGAGUCAAUUAUUGUUCACAACCCCCCUAA